AUGAAGGAGGAGGUGGAGGUUGAGAUAGAUGUGAAGGUGAAGGUCGAAAUAGAGGUGGACAAGGUGGAGGCUGAGAUGAACGAGGAGGUGGAGAUGGAGGUUGAGAUAGAUGUGAAGGUGAAGGUCAAAAUAGAGGUGGACAAGGUUGAGGCUGAGUUGAAGGAGGAGAUGGAGAUAAAUGUGAAGGUGAAGGUCGAAAUAAAGGUGGACAAGGUCGACGUUGACAUGAAGGAGGAGGUGGAGGUUGAGAUAGAUGGGAAGGUGAAGGUGGAGGUGGAGGUUGAGAUGAAGAUGAGUACUAAACUUGAAUGGAUAAUGUUAGCUCUGUAUUGUCUUCAUGAACUCCCUCAUUCACACAAGUUUGAGGUGCAAAAUAAUGAGAACUGA